AUGAAAAGACUUCAUCCUUCUCGCCGCCACCUCCUCACUAAAUACCGCCCUGCUCCCCUGAAGUCAUGCCUCGCCGCCUCUGAUCGGGACUCCGCCCCCUCUGGAGAGCCUCACGCCCGCAAGACAGUCCAUUUCCCCGAGGACAAGCUCUCCCUUGAGCGGGUCAUAAGAAUCCCGCCUCGCGAGGAUCGGUACAAGAAGACCUUCUUCAAAAGAGGCCAGAUCGCGGACACGAAGUCGUUCCUUUUGUACACUUCGGAUCUUUCGGGCUCGAACCAGCGGUUCCUCUCCAAGCUUCCUGGAAGCGAUGGACCUCAGUACGAACGCCAUUCCCAGUGGAUGAGCGUUGUCCGUGCUCGCCAACUCGCCGCUGCGUAUUCAACUCAGCCCCGUUCCCCGCGAUCCGCACCUUCCUCCGAUGAGUCUACCAUGGACAUGGCUUCCCUGAAGGACGCCCUGCCUGAGCCUGCCUCGGCUAGCUCACCGCAUGGGUCUGCCUUCGACAUGUCCUCUCUGACCGAUGCCUUGCCGGACCCGAAUGUCACCUUCGACAUGCGCUCGCUGAUGGAUGCCCUGCCUGAGCCUGAUGGUUCACCACGCGGGGUUGCCUCCGACAUGUCCUCCUUGAAGCGUGCACUUCCCGACCCUGAUACUCGGUCUGAAGUAUCGUCCCUUGCACAGGCCCCUAAGUCUGUGGUUGCUCCCCACUCCUGCGAUAUCCCUGCAGAGGUUCGUGUACGUGUGGUUCACACCCACGUGCAGGUUGGCCCCUUCUCCGUCACCUGCUUCUACCGCCUCUGUGGGAUCUGCCUUCUGUUGGGGUUCUGCUUCCCAUGCCUUGCACCAGCAUUCUAUGCUGCGCUUGUGCUCCUGUUCGUUUAUGGGAUGUUCUUCUGA